UGUGAGGGGAGAGCUCGCUAUACAUGAGCGGGGACGUGGCAGAACGCGAACGAUGGUCGGCGACGGACCCGGCGGGCCUGUUUCGGGCUGGGCACGUGGUGAAGAUGUGUGCCCCGAUGGUCCGCUACUCCAAGCUGGCGUUCCGCACUCUGGUCCGGCGGUACGGCUGCGAGCUGUGCUACACCCCCAUGGUUGUGGCGGCCGACUUCGUGAGGUCAGCCAAAGCCAGGGACAGCGAGUUCACAACAAACAGAGGUGACAAUCCAUUGAUUGUUCAGUUUGCUGCUAAAGAAGCACAAGUUUUAUGUGACGCUGCCCUUCUCGUCUGUCCUUUCGCAGAUGGAAUAGACCUAAACUGUGGCUGUCCGCAGAGAUGGGCAAUGGCAGAAGGUUAUGGUGCCUGCUUAAUAAAUAAACCGGAGCUGGUUCAAGAUAUGGUGAGACACGUACGGAAUCAGAUCGACAAUCCUGGAUUUUCAGUGUCUAUUAAAAUAAGGAUACAUGAAGACUUAAAAAAAACAGUAGACCUGUGUAAAAAAGCUGAAGCAACUGGAGUUUCAUGGAUUACAGUACACGGGAGAAGUAUAGAAGAAAGACAUCAGCCAGUACAUUAUGAUGCAAUUAAAGUAAUUAAAGAAAGCGUGCACAUACCUGUUGUGGCUAAUGGAGACAUCAGAACUUUAAAAGAUGCUGAAAAUGUUCAUCACUUGACAGGAGCAGAUGGUAAGAUUAAACAGAUGACUGUCCAGUGGACGGCGGUUGCCGCCUUCUUGUACGGCGAGGUGGGAGUCCUGCUCGUGCUGUGCCUGCCCUUCAUCUCCCCGCUGAGAUGGCAGAAGAUUUUUAUGAUUCCUCUAUGGAGCAAAAUGGCUGUCUUUUGGAACAAAGUGUUCCUUACAAUAAUAGUUCUACUGAUCAUCUUGUUUCUUGAUGCUGUUAGAGAAGUUAGAAAGUAUUCAGCCAUUCAGGUGAAUGAGAAGGUUGCAAAUGUCAAUGCCAAUGCCAUUGAUCACAUUCAGAUGAAACUCUUCCGGUCACAAAGAAACCUUUAUAUCUCAGGUUUUUCCUUAUUCCUGUGGCUUGUUUUGAGACGUACUAUUACCCUUCUUACUCAGUUGGCAAAAGGAAUGGCAUCUCAUGCAGCUCUGGAGACGCAAGUAAACGACGCGACCAAAGCAGCCAAAAAAUACAUGGCUGAGAAUGAGAGGCUACAGGAGGCCCUGAAUGAAAAAGGAAGCGGUGAAAAUAAAGAGGCGAUGGAAACAACUAAUGGAAAAUUGAGGAAGGAAAUUGGACAGUUGAAAGCAGAGUUAGAGAAGACGUCAAAUGCUCUCCACAAGGCAAAUAAUGAAGUGGCAGCAGUUAAAAAGCAGUCUGAAGGCCUUAAAAGAGAGUACGACCGUCUGAUGAAAGAAUAUGGACGACUUCAGAAUGCUUCGAGUGAAGCAGAAGACAAGAAAGACCUGUAAGUGUGCGUCAGGCAGAUGGCAUUGGUAUAAUUGUUUCAGUGUGAAAAGCCUCGUGCUGCUUAGGCUCCUGAUGUGCAUCUGAAACAAAGCUUGACUUUCCUGAGAAGCACAUGCACUGCUGGUCACAAUCCAGGUUCCACUCGUAUAUCUUGGUUGCCAACAUAUUAUUUGUUUGAAAUAAAAUGUUAAGUGGCUUACCAGGUUUGCCCUGGAGUUUGUUGCUGCUCUUGAGAGGAAAAACAUGAAAACUUUCCAGUUCACCUGGAGCAACCAAUCUCCCAGCUCUCACCUUCCAAAACAGUAAAAAUUAGUGCACCAUGGCACCAUUUGCUUGUAACCUUAGAGUGGGAUUGUAUGUCAUGCUGAAUGAUAAAAAACAACCACUUAAACAAACAUCAUUUGUAACACCUCAUUGGAAUCUUCAAAAGUACAUUUACCAGUGGACUGAAGCUUUUCAUCACUCGUUCUCUUCCCAUGGAAAAUUGAAUGACAGUCAAUCUAAAGAAAGUUACUAAGUAAAGGAAGGUAUUUUUAAAUCCAUCCUGCUAGCUUCUGACUUCCACUUAGCUGCAUGGAUGAGCAUAUUUUAACAAAUGAUAUUUUGCAUUACUCUGGCUUAUUUUUCUUUGAUUGAUGGGGUUACAUCACUUUUCAUAACCGAAGUUUUGAAUUGGUUGCUAUUCAUAUUCUGUAUUUUUACACUGUUUACACAUGCUUAAUCAACACAUGCCACCUAACUGCUUUUGCCUUGCUAAGAAUUCUUCUAGAAUGUUGGAGGAUAGUUGUGUUGGUUUGAUUUUUUUGUUGUUGUUUUCAUGAAUACAAUACCUCAGAAUAAAUGUGCACUGUUCUGCAUAAGCCCUCUUUGGCAUUCUGAAAGUUAUUUUGAGUUUUUUUUGUUAGCUGGUUCCAAUUUGUAUUCCAAAAUUGGAUAUGUUUGUUAUAUUAAAGAGAUUGCUGAA